CAAGAGUCAACUCUACCUUCCUCCACUUUGAAGAAAACAUGGUCACCAACAAGAAGAUUGGAGGCGAGUUUGGCGAAGUUCGCGCUGUCAUCGAUGUCGAACAACUCAAUGCUUACAUCGGAAGGAGCGUUCCGUCGAUCAAAGCUCCCCUUGAGGUGAAACAGUUCAAGUUUGGGCAGUCAAACCCCACAUACUUCUUGACAGAUGCUAGCGGCACUCGCUUCGUCCUCCGGAAAAAACCUGCAGGUCAGCUUCUAUCAAAAACCGCGCAUCAGAUUGAACGCGAAUACACCAUCCUUCACGCAAUACACGAGCAUAAUGUCAGCCCGUCGACAUCAGCAUCUCAGCGCGUUCCUGCACCAGAGCCUAUCAUUCUAUGUGAAGACAUUUCAAUUAUCGGCACGCCUUUCUACAUCAUGGAGUUUCUAGACGGACGCAUCUUCACAGACGUGCGCAUGCUUGAGGUAUCGCCAAGCGACAGACGCGAAUGCUGGCUAUCAGCUGUUCAAUCUCUCGCUGCCCUGUCAUCCCUUGACCCAGCAGCACUUGGCCUCUCAAACUUCGGGCCUUCGACUGACUACUUUCCUCGACAAAUCAAGUCCCUCACAUCUGUCUCUGUUGCACAGUCACAAGCUGUCGAUAUAGAGACAAAUGAGCCAACGGGAAUGAUACCUCAAUUCGACGAGAUGGUGCGAUGGUACCGGCAGAACCUGCCUGACGAGAAGAAGACGGGACUGCGAAUUGUCCAUGGAGAUUAUAAACUCGAUAACAUGAUAUUCCACCCCACUGAAAACCGCGUUAUCGGAAUUUUGGAUUGGGAACUAUGUACACUGGGCAGCCCUUUGGCAGACCUCGCAAACUUGACAACAUCUUGGGCCAUAGACAUCUCUAGCAUCAAAGGCGUAGACGCCAACAAGUUUACUUUGAUGCGUGGCUUCAAGAACACCACCAAGGACGUUCCUAUUGCUCUAGAAGAGCUUGAGCGCGAAUACUGUCGUCUCACGAAUCAGCCAUACCCGAUUAUUGAAAUGCUAUUCGUCCGUAGCUGGAUGCUAUUCCGACUGGCAAUCAUAUCGCAAGGCAUAGCAGCUCGGUAUGCCCGCCGCCAGGCCAGCUCCGAGCAGGCCUACAUCCAAGGGCAGAUGUUCCCGAUCGUCGGGAAGUUGGCUAGAGCAGUUUUGGAAGACGGAGGUGUUACUAUCACAGCCCAAUCAAAGCUGUAAGUAGCAGCCGGACUGCACGGCUAUCUAGUGGGAUUCUCUGCCCUCAGUGUAUCUAGAUAGAAUUUGAACUGGCACGGACAACAGUAUAUGACCAUACCUUCAAAACG